GCUCACAUUUGCACAAACCGAACAUUGAACACCUGAAAAUAGAACACCUCUGUGUUAGCGGGAAUUUUUGCACGUUCAGAACGAGAAAAAACUCAUUCUAAUUUUUCCACACUGCAAUCAGUUAUAUUCACGUUAUAUUGAAUUCCUUGUGUAUUUAACGUCGACUUCCUUUGCAAAUGGUUAAGUACGCUGUUUGACGUUUAAAGUACGUGAGCACUGAAAAGCUAUAAUGCUCAAAGGAUGUUUGACAUUUGGUAUUAUCCCUGUGAUUAUGUGUUGAAUUUCAUUCGUGAUUUUUUGUUAGGCAAUUAGUGUUGGUUGAAAUGAGUGAAAUUACCGUUUCGCGAAUGCUGCCCAUGUUGUGGCUGAGGUGAUUGGAAUAAAAAUCGCAGAAUCAAAUGAAUUUUAUCGAAAUACGGCCAAAAAAAAAGAAUUCCAAAAUUAUUGUAAAUGCAUAAGUAAAUAGGAUAAAAGCAUAUUCGGAUUAGAUUGACGACAAAAAAACAUUGGCAGUGUUGAUUCAAUGGUACUUCGACGACGUUUUCGUUUUAACAUGCACAUUUGGAAAAGCGUAUCGAAAUCAUGAUUUGCCAAGUAUGGAAUUUCAGCAUAAUAAGUGUGCUUGCGCUAACCAUCUCAAAUAUUUUGUUGACCAUACGAUUGUUGCACAAACCGGACUGUCCAAAUGUUGUCGACACAAAAAUUGCACCGGUUGCAAUAACCAGAUUUCCUGCGCCACUGCAUCCGGAUAUUGUAAUCAGUAGCAGCGAUUGUGGCGGUGGCGGUGAUGACAAUACAAUCGAUGAGUUUGCCGAAUUGGGGAAUCAUUCGCAUCGAUUGGUGUUUGAUCGAUUGAAUUUGCUGCGUGGCCGAUGGGAUGCGAGUCGUCAGUACAAGUAUUUUGAUUUUGCUGCCGUUGGCAAUCGAUACGAUGAUUUAACGAAAAAGUACAAAGUAUGCUUGGCAACACAAAGUUCAUUAGAGCGUUUAUAUUCAUUGGUGAGCGUUGCAUCUCACUGGACCGGACCCAUUUCGUUGGCUGUGUACGUUGCUGGAGACGAUGAAUUGUAUUUACUCCAAUUGUAUUUGUCCUAUUUACAAAAUUGCUUUGCAUCGAUACGGGAUGCGGUCACCAUCCAUUUGGCCUAUCCCAUUAAACGGGCACCGAAAACGGUGCGUAAAUUCCUGAAAAGUGAUUAUUCGAAUUUUGUUUGCGAUCAACCCGAGCUAACACUAAAAAAACUUAUGAAAUUCCGCACCACCGAAACGAUAAAAUGGCGCCUAAAAAAUGCCUAUCCACAAAAUCAUUUACGAAAUUUGGCACGCAAAGGUUGCCAAAAUGAUUAUAUUUUUUUAACCGAUAUCGAUAUUAUACCGAGCAUCAAUUUCACCGAUAAUCUAGACAAAUUUUUACGAAAAUCACAAUGCUCCAGUCAAUCGAAAUGCGCUUAUGUGGUGCCCACAUAUGAAAUCGACAAUCGUGCCAAAUUCCCACAAACCAAAGCCGAUUUGCUGCGACUGUCGAAACGUGGCCUAGCUAGACCGUUUCAUCAUAAAGUUUUUAUCUACAAUCAAUAUGCCACCAAUUUUUCGAGAUGGGAGUCGAACGUUGGCUCUCCACAGGAUGACACAACUAUAAGCCACAAUGUGACUAAUUUUGAAUUUUUGUAUGAACCAUUUUACGUAUCAACGGAUUCGGUACCACCGCACGAUGAACGCUUCUUAGGCUAUGGCUUUACACGGAACACUCAGGUAUAUGAAAUGUUUGUUGCUGGCUAUCAGUUCCAUGUGCUGACACCGAUAUUUACGUGCCAUUGGGGUCUGCAAAACAAAAAGAGUCGCCCAGCAUGGCGUGAACGACAGAACAAUUUGAAUCGCAAGCAAUUCGAGGUGUUUAAAAAAGAGAUUUAUGCACGUUAUCAUCGUGAUCCAUUGCAAAUGCUGCAGCCAAAAAAAGCCCCGGAAAUAAAACCGAAAGUAAAACCCUAAACUUGAUUGUUGAUGCAAUCAAUCUGUAAUACAACGACAAACCAUCUCAGCUAAAGCUAUGAAAAAUGUAUAGUACAGCUGUAGACAUUAUCAUAGAAUUUAUGUUACUGUUUAUUUCAUUUAUUUUUAUUGUUUCCACAGCGUGUGAACAAGCUCAAGUAGUCGAAAUGGUUCUAGUAAAUGAUAAAAAAAACAGUUAGUGCUAUAAUUCUGAAAGAAAAACAAAAACAAUGAGAAUGGCCCUAAGUCUAUUUAGCAAUAUAUUUCAGGUAACCGAUAAUAGAAAUGAUAUCAAAUGAUUUAUUCAAUUCAAUCCGAUAUAUUUGCAAAUAAAAACGUUUACGGCUCUAGACAAUUAUAGAAACGAUGGCAAUGCAAAUAGCAUAUGAUUUAACAAUAAACUUGAUGUAUAGAAAAACAAA